AUGUUGAUGACGGAUGAGAAAUUAUUCGUUUUGUCUGUUGUCAACGCUUCGUGGAUGACGCACACCAGGCGUUCCAUUUCACGAUCGACGCACGCACAAUUCACCUCUUUUAAAGACCACUUGCAGACCUUUCUUGUCUGCGAUGAAUUUCUCGGAUUUCAACCGCCUCCAUCAGUCAGUCCCUCUUGUCUCCCGCUGUUCUGCUCAACCAUCCUAUCGCCCCUUCGGAGUUGCUACAUCAUUGUUUCUUUUUGUUUAUUCAAUGAAUUAUUCCGUUCUCUCCCAAAUUUUGUCUACCAUUCUUCUUCUUCUUCUUCUUCUUCUUCUUCUUCUUCUUCUUCUUCUUCUUCUUCUUCUUCUUUUUUAAUUCUACUUUUUAAUUCAAAUUUUUCUUUUCAUCUUUCUUUUUUUCUUCAUCCUUGUCUUAAUUUUUUUCUUCUUCUUUGCUUCCUCAUCUUUUUCUCUUCUUUUCUUUAUUGUUUUCAAAAUGUUCAAGUUCAUUCGGCACUUCUCUUAGUCCCCCUCCCCUUAAAAAACCAUAAAAAAUUAAAACAUUUCUUUUUUUUUUUUUUGCAUCAUUGCCUUCAUCUUGGGUGA